GUGAAAAAUAGGUCGAAUUUCAGGUAACAACGCCAACUACUUACAGUAAUUUUCAGUUGGAUCGCCACAGAUCCUUGAGUCUACAGUAGACAGUGAAGUUAGACAUCAGGACAAUGUAUGAAAAACGUUAUAGCAACAAUGCUGAUUCAGAGCGAGUGAAGCUCGAGUCAGAUGUGGAAGACUCGUACGAUAUAUAUCCACAUCCUACAGUCAGGGUUGUGCGACCUAAGGUCAUAAGUCACAGCUCCUGGAAAGAAGCCUUGACGCAGGUCACGCACAAGAGAACACUCUUGGGAGUUUUGGCAGUUCUUAUGAUUUCACUGUUGUUGCUCAUUUUGAUUGUCUUCAUGGUUCAAGGAAACCCUCAAAGUGAAGAUCCAGACGGAGGAAAAAACUAUGGUCUUGUUGCUUACCCAUCAGUUGGUCAAGAACAAGUGAUCAAUUUUAAACCGGAUGAGUAUGACUCCUUCAGGACUUGGAUGGAUCAAAUCGAGGAAGCUCUCUAUCCGUACACGCCUCAGAGACUCUCCAGUGAGAGGUACAUCAAUUGUGACCUGAGGGACAGACAGGGAGAGGAGCAGUGCACUUUCCACAUAUUUGACCUGGGGUUGGAAUGUAGCCAUGGCAAGGACUUUGGAUUCUCUUCUGGGAAACCAUGCGUCUUACUGCAGCUGAAUCUGCCCUUCCGUCCAGGAACUGUGGACAAAACGUCUGAGACUUGGAAGAAACUCUAUCAGACUGUGGGAACAAGAUGGAACCCAAACUUUGUCAGUGUCACAUGUGAUGGAAAGACUGCCACAGACAAAGACAACCUACGUCAUAACCUACCUAAACCUAUGAACGAAACGGCCAUGACAUUCACACCUGUCACGGGUUUUCCAUUAGCUUAUUUUCCAUCUGACCUUGAAGACGACAUCUAUCUGGCUCCUCUCAUGAUGGUUCAGUUUCGCUCACUCAAACCGUUCAGAGAAACUACAGUGGAGUGCAUUGUCUGGGCUCAGGACAAAGAUGGAAAUCUGCCAGAAGUAUCACAGCUUUAUCGCACGGAGUUCAAGCUACAGCUUCAGUGAAUCACCUUUGUCAUUUGAUGUGCCUGACUUUUUGUUUUUAUGAAACAUUUGUUUGGGCAGUUCACAGCAAGGAUAUUUUUAUUAUUUUUUUUUAAUUUACAUAUUUUUUUAAUUUGUUGUUUAUGCAAUUAGAGAAUUAACAGCUAGGAAGAGUUUUUGGUGAUGCAAGUGCACCAGAUUGCAAUUUUUAUAGUUUCAUAUUAACUUAAUGCUUCCAGAAAAUAGCUUUGUUUUAUUCUUUGUUUUCAACUUUUCACUUUGUUAUUAAAUUGCUUCCUCGGUCUUUGAUACUUGCAAUAUUUUGUAGUUUUGCAACACUGUAAGCUGUGGUACCAUUUUUGUCACUUCAAUUUAAGUCUGAGAAAAAUUGUCCAAAGACUAACAUUGUUAUCCAGGCGUCAGUACUAGUAGAACUGAUAGCGUUUUAACAACCCUGUCAUACCGAUUCUCUAAACAAAUAGUAUCUUCAGAAACUUUGCAUUGGUAAUUACAUGUAUACUUUGUCAGUUUGAAACAGCCACAAGUAUUAUGGUUUGGAAAACAUUUAGUGUUGAACACAGUGCUGUGUGCAUCAAAGCAUGUGGCUUUAAGUCUUACACACAGAUAAGUUGUAGUCAACAGGUCGAUCAGUGAGACCUUACACUCUGAGAAAAUUAGAACCGUCAAAUAUUUUGCUAGAAUCUCCUUUAUUAUGCGUGCUAAGAUGUUUCCUUUCCUUACCCGUAAAACUUCGUCUUGACUUACAUGUGUACCUUUUUGCUGUUGAGCUCUUUACCUCUAUCCGUCCUGGUCAACCACUGCAACCCCAAUGAGUACAUAUAAUCUGGAUUCCUAUUUUAAUUUGCUUCUUUUAUCUUCUAUUUUUCUUGUUAUUUUUGGGAUGAAGGGUCCUUUUACAGUAGUUGCAAGUUUGCAGAAUGGCUGUAAAACUUGAAGUAUAUUUUUCUUUUCCUUCAUUUUAACAAAUAACCUUGGACAUUUGUUAAAACGGCUGCAAACCAAAUCGAGGUCUCUCACACAGCAUCCUGAUUGCAAGUACAGGAUCACUUGUGUAAAAGUCUUUUGUAAAAAAUGUAACUUAAUAUCUGUAGUUUAUCUCUACUAGAUCUCGUGUAAUUUGCCUGUAAGGCUGCCAAGGAACCAAUUUUUGCUCUCGAGUAAGCAACAUGUCACCACCUCCUUGCUCCUUGUUUUUGCUUUUUUUUCCCUUAUCAUCAUUCACAUUCCCUUUGUUGACAUUCCCUUUGUUGACAUUCCAUUUUCCUGUGAUAUAAAUCGAAACAUUCACAUGUAUAUAACUUUGUCUAUGUACUUGUCCUACCAAUGCACCUAGCAGUAACUGCCUUGUAAACAUCCUCAAUGUCUAUAUCAUAUCUAUCAUGGAUAGAGUCUUGUGUAAAGUUUAAAUGAAGUUCACAGCCAACAGCACAUACCAAAAGAUGAAUGCAUAAAACAACAUUUGAUUAGAACAACAGGGGAAAGGCUUGGAAUAAAUGUAAUUUUUACUUCAGGUCUAGAAAGCCAGAGGGACAUGUACACCGGAGUACACAGGGCUGCUUUUUAUGGUCAGAUGGGUCACAUUCUGGAGAAAACAAAAGGUUCAAAACACAUCUGUCAGCAGUCCUGGCAGUAUGCCCUAAAAGGAGCCACAAUUGGCAUGAUUGGCUCUAAUAUGUGCAGAAGCAAUCGUGCAUGUGUAUGACCAAACCAAGUCUACUGCACAGUGAAGAAGUAUGGCUUCAUUUAUGACCCAAAUGCAGCACCCUGAACUCCUGCACAGUUAUUGAUGAGUGAGGCUUUUCAAAAAUUUUCACGCUAGUUUCCUUGGGACGAAUUAAAAUGUUCCGGCAUAUUCAGGCACACAGAGAUACACGUAGGAAACAAGUUACCAGUUGAUUCUGUCAUCAUGUAUUGCCUUGUCUACCUGACUUGAUUCCUUAAUUAUUUGUGUUCGUAUCGCUUAAGGUUAUAUAGUUAUAUACACACUGCCCCCUUUUUUAAACCCAUAUAUACAAUCCCAUAUCCCUAGUAGUUUGUUUUGGACAAUUGUAGAUGACGAGCCAGCCAACCAUUUUUGUGCCAGUCCUUGUUGGUUAUUAAUGGUAGAAUCAGGGCGUAACUUCUUCUGUUGUCUUGUGCGUGUUUUAUACUUUUAUGCAGUGCCUACAUUUCUAACAAACAUCAGGAUAUAAAUUGCGGUCGGUGGUUUUUGGCUGAAGUUGAUGACAUGCACUUUAUGUAUGAUUCCAGAUACCCUUCAAUAAUAGUGUUCUAUGAAUAGUCUUACAGAUUAUAUGUAAACCUGUCCUAUAAUAAUGUAAUACUUUUCAAAUAUAACACAAUAAUAACAUGCUGUGAUUUUGUCAAUAAAUAUGACAGAAUGUACUACAUAACUUGUUUAUUUCAUGUUGUGAUUUUCCUUAAUUGCAUCACACCAAAAAUGAGAUGUGAUGUACAUGUAUGACACAAUAUGAAACAAUUAUAAAAGCCCUUAAGGUGUACGAGAGGCAGGUUUCAGUUUCUUAAAGGUCAGCUUUAAACAGUCAUGCCUUUUAUCUUUUUGGCUCAACAACAGGAUACGAGUAUUCACUGAAGUGACGUUGGCAUUUACUUACAUAAGGUUUUGUAUUUGUGUUUCAGUGGUAAAGGUUGAUUGCCCUUUGUAAACAGAAGAAUAACCCGUUGCAAUAUGAAUUAAAUUGUACACUUUGCUCAAAGGAUAGAGAUCAGUUUUGCAUGUAAAUAUGUAAGCAAAGUUUCCACACGUUUUGCUUUUAAUGCAAAGUUGCUUUGUUGUGAAAUCUUUUCUCGGAGAGGAAUAAGUCUUUUUUUUUUUUUUAAUUUGAGGAAGAAUUAUGUGUGUGGACUACAACUACAGUUACUUGAAAAAGCAUUGUUAAUGCGGCAUACCUUGUCAGGCAAGGUACCAAUGUACUGUCUGCUGUUUUGUUAAAACUGAAAAAAGGCUGGAAGAUGUUUUAAGCCAUUGAUUAGCUGACUUACCUGUAGUUCCAAGCAUAUUUUACCUUAGAGAGUCGUUGCAUAUAAUACAAAUUAGAAGAUAUGUUUGUGUACUCAGUGUUAUGUGUUGUGAUCACAGUUUGUUUUAUGUGGCUUUAUUUGCAUAAAUAUUUUACAGAAAAGCCACCAAAGGUUUGAUCCAGGAAUUAAGGAAUGGCGCCAUUUUGAAUAUUCUUUCUUGUUGCACUUGGAUAUGGAUUAUACGUACUAUGUGACUCAUCUUCUCUUGAGCAUUUUUUUUAUGGUCAUCUUGAACUUUUUGUCACACAAAUGCACUUUGUAAGUAACAUAACAGGCUACAACAGUGAAUGAAAGAAACAGCAAAUUGUUGCAUGUGGGGAUGUGGAGGCGCUUAUUUGUUUCUUGUUGGUGUAUUCCAGGGAAAAUGUUUGUUGCAUGUAGUGUUACAUGAACUUCUGAUUCAGUAUGUUAUUACCAUUUUUCUUGUAAGUUGACCUAAUGUUUAAGCUGAACACCCACUUCCCAAAGUUUUACAGUACCGGUAUUUCAGAAUUUAUAUUAAAAAAUGUUUCAUAUGUGAUUCACAAUAUACUGCUGUUUUUGGAAUUUAUUUAGUUUAGUGACACAUAUAUUACUGACACAAAUGCUUAUUUUACUAUAUACUGGCAUUUGGCACUAUUCAGAAAUGGAUGUAUAAUGAUUUCUGUUUCUAUGUGAGUUUCCUUUUGAAUUCGUAUUAGACUUCUUUAAUAAUUUAACAGGGUUCUCGUUUGUGAAUUACAGGUAAAUUGUGAAUUUCUAGAACAAGCGUACACUGUUUCGUUACAAUUAAAAUUUAAGCUAAAUUCAUUGAACAUUAACUUGAAGAAAUUCGCUGAUUAAGUACCGAUGGGGCAUUGUUAAGUGUAUUUUAGUGUGAUGUAAGACGGAAAUUUUGUUUUUGACUUACACUUUAUUAUGAUGUUGUCAUUUAGGACCGCUAUAUACGUGUUUUGUUUUAUAAC